UUUCAUCUAUCAUAUAUGUCAGCGUUUUUCUGACAAUUUGAUACCAAUUCAUGAAGUGAUGAAUGUUAUAGUGGCUACUGCUGGUCCCUCUUCCACAGCGUUCAUGUCACUCUGCUGGCGCCAUGGCAUUUAUGAUAAGUCGCUCCUGCAAUCGAAUCAUCGAGCAAAGAUGAUUCCAUGAACCUACAGCUAGCUUCCGCGCUGAAGGAGCAAUACUGUAUCUCGACCAAUCCCCUUGCAUCUCUCAACGAGUCUGGAAUGUAUGGCGUCUAUCGGAUUCGCACGUAUAACUGGGAGCAGCUGCACAAACCGCCUAUGUGUUUUGUUUGACUUCCUAUGUCACAUCGCGGUCCUCGGGGGUUGCAGUAUUAGAGUGGUGGCCACGAGAAAUUAUAUAGUCCUUUUGACGGAUGAACAACAGCAGGUUGGGGAAGAAAGGGACCACGAGCAUUGUGAUGAGGACAUCGAUGUCUGUUGCAAGCGGCCUCAAGGUGUUUAUCAUGCUUAUGGCCCGGGUAGUAUGUUUCCGGAACAAUUGAAACUUCCUAUCGCGAGGAAACGCAAGCAGUCCCAAAGCUGGUGCUACACCCGUUUCACGUCAUUUUCCAAGGCGCAGACAGGAGAACCGACCGAUGCACGGAUGACUAGUGCAGCCUUGGGUAGGGCAUUCAAGUGUAGUGUCCUUGAAUGUCAGCAUCAUUACCAAGGGUUUGCGACACAAAACGUCUUGGACAAGCACGUCGCAGAGAUACGCGUCUCAUGGGCCAAAGAAGAUCGAAUACGGAGUAGCGAUCAUGUAUAUCAGAACAGCUAAACCUCAUUAUCGACUUUGGGGUUUAACUGAACGAUAUCUAUAAACGGCGGGGGCCAGUAUGAUAACAUUAUCGUGCCCAGUGAUUAUACAUUGUUCAAGUACCACUGGCCGGUAACACUGGCUGAUGUUGAAGAGCCCAUUGAGAAUCCGCUGGAGUUCUCUUUGGAGAGCUUCCGCAAUUGCUUCCUUGAGGACGAAGAAAUGGAAGUGGAAGGUUUUAUUAUGAGCGUGAAUGA